GCCGACGUUUAUAAAAAAAUUAGAAAAUUAUGCUGUCAAAAAUUGAAAAUUAAAUUUCUAAGAUUCUCUGUCGUUAAAAGUAUUUGAUAAAUAACUUAAUGCAAAUAUAUUUGUUUUAUUUAUUCUAUAUGGUAGAAGUCAAUAAGGCAUUUAAGAUCAAUAAAGUAUACCCCGAUGUCGUAUCAGCCGUUCCAGAUAAACUAUUACAUGUCACUUACAAGGCAGAUAAUAAAGUUGAGCUGGGAAACGAACUUACACCGACUCAAGUAAUUGAACAACCUAAAGUAACGUACGAAGGAGAUAAUAAUUGUUUUUAUACAUUAAUUUUUACUGAUCCAGACGCACCCAGCAGAUAUAAUCCAAUAUAUAGAGAAUAUAUUCAUUGGCUAGUAGUCAACAUCCCUGGAUCCAAAAUAUUUCAAGGCGAAACCAUAAGCGACUAUGUUGGAUCAGCACCACUCAAAGGCUCGGGACUUCACAGAUACGUGUUUCUACUAUACAAACAACCUGAAAAACUGAAAUUUGACGAGCCCAAACACAGCCCUACCGACGGAAAUCGCGGAAACUUCAACAUCGAAAACUUUGCGAAAAAAUAUAAAUUGGGUAACCCCAUCGCUGGCAACUUCUACCAAGCUAUGUGGGAUGAUUCUGUACCAGCUAGUCGCAAAAAGCUUGGGAUUUAGUUCAAUUUGAACGUAUUGAUGGCAUCAAGUGACGAAGAACUACCUCCAUCUAUCCUCGACGUUGUCAAUUAUCUUAAUUUGUUACCGGAAAAAUCAGCAAACAGGUACAAGAAAGAAUACAAUAUUUUUAUGAGUUGGUGUAAAGAAAAAAGUGUAAAUAGCUUAAAAGAAGAAGUGUUUUUGGCUUAUUUUAUUAGUCUAUCCAAAAUCUGCAAACCAAAUACUUUGUGGUCCCGCUAUUCCAUGCUCAAGUCAGUAUUAAAAAUUGAAAAAAAUGUCAAUAUAGGCGAUUAUUUUAAGUUAACAGCAUAUUUGAAGAAAAAAGCGUAGGAUUCAGUUGUACGUUCAAUAUAAACAUUGUAAAUAAUAAAUAAAUAUAAU